AAGUUAUAUUUUUUAUAACUCAACACAAUGUUGUUUAGUGAUCUUUGACUUAUAGAUACAGUGGUUUGUGUACUGCGUUCUGACCCAGUAAGUCCUCCCUACAGGGGUUUAAAAAAAUGAUAUUUAAUAUUUAAUUUUAGAUUUAGACUUUUUAACAUCACUGGUAGGAGUUUAUUUUGUGAGCUCCCAUAAAACAAGAAACUUACAACAUGACCACACUAAAGGCAUUAAAAAAACCUCAAACUGUUAAAGCUUUUUAAAUAAAAGAGGUAAAACGAAUAACACCUAAUAGCCAAUAGGAAUGCUAUUAACGCAACUAUAAGGCCAACCUUUACUAAGUAAAAUAAUGAAAUAAGUAAGUAAAGAAAUUGAAUGUACUUUAUUUGAAAUACACAGAUUUGUUGAAGCAGAGCAGACAAGAACAUGAGCAAACAACGCAGAUUUAAAUUCCAAUCUCAACAAUAACCUCAACAGAGUGAACAAAAUCAUUUCAAACAAAUACUUUAACUAGACAUCAAUGACAUUUCUCAAUUUACAUUCCUCGGCGUGAUAACCAAAUAACCCCCCCAACAGCACUCGCUCACAUAUGCUCCGACAUAAGCUUGUGGACUUUACUCACGAAUCCUGGGGCCACUUUAAUGUAAGCGUCAGUUUCCUGCACGGAUCAGUAAACAGUCAAGGCCAUUAUCGAGCUGCAGCUACCAGCCAGCAGCUCUCUGAUAAAGAGAGGAGCCGGACACAUGGAGAGGACGUUCUGGACGGGAUUUAUGAUGUGCUGAAUUUAUCUCCAGGCUUAUUCUGUGAGUGAUUCAGGACUAAUGAGUUGAAUGUUUGAACAUGCCUUCAGUUUGUUUUCUUUGGUCAGAACUAUAAAGGAAAAGUCGACUUAGUUGCCUGUUUCUGUUUGGUUUAAGUUCGUGAUACGUGGGAAUGAUGGACUCUGCCGUGUUCAUCCCAUCAUACCACAUUCCUUUUUUUAGUGUACACAUUUUCAGAUAUCUCGUCGCAGCUAAAGAAAAGAAAGCAAACUAAACGAGAGGAUACUCCUCAGUCCAAUUGAGCAAACCAUGUUAGAUGUGAACGUGCUCUACAAAUCGACUCUCCCCCCCCUCCCCCCCUUCUCUCCUCAUUUUUUCCGUGACACUAAUCUCCCAUGGGGUGAGCCCUCACAGUCGGGCCUGUAUCCAACAAUAUGUCCAACAGUGUGUCACCUCCAGAAGAUCCAUGGCGACAUUUGUACACUCUCAGAUAUUGUCCUCAUGGUUUGGCGUCAGUCUUAGCGCCGCUGCCUGCUCUCUGAUCUCCUACCAUUCAUCGGAGGUCAGAAACAUUUGGAAGGAAGGCUGAUGGCUUGUUUUGCCACGUAUGUUGGGACGUGACUCGCUGUUAUUAAUUAAGAACGCCUCCUUUUUAGCAAUGGAUUCAUGCCAUUGCAAAUACUACCAACAAUAGAGGCUUUUGUUUAUGAUACACCCCACAUUACGCAGAUGAUGAUGAAUUAUUUAUGCACUGCAAUAAAUAAAACUACACAAGUUCACUUGCUUUAAGAACUUUCUAGAAACAAAACCACACAUUGAAGCCACCAAAUAAGGGCACAUUGUUUUAGUAAUAUCAAAAAGAUUAUGCCUGAGUGGAUAGAUUUGACAUUCGUGGUUAUCAGAUGAUGAAUCCUAAUGACAGUUGUAAUUGAGAAGGGUCUAUCUGCAGUCUUACAGACCUACAUGACACGCACCCCCUGAUGUCGUCACUGUAAUGGCAUGCUACCUGACACCCCCGUAGUCCAAAAUCACAUUUGUCUCACAGACCUUUAUAUUCUGAACAACAGACACAAUCCAUCCUUAAACCUUGAUUUUGAUCAGGAGAAAAAAGAGAAAAAGCAAAGGAGAAUUCCCUCUCUCGUGACAGCAAGCAGAGUAAGAAAUAUCAGUAGUAGAGUUACAAUAUGGAGAAAGAGAAUGACAAUAUAAAGUCAAAGUACACUCUAUUGCUCAUAUAAUGCUAUUCGUGACCUUACAACUCACUUUCCGUGUUGCAGAUUUCUUUAACAGAUUUCAUAUCUAGUGGGCAGCUCAGCAAACGGAGUUAAUAUAGCAACUUGAAAGAGUUUAUUCUAAGACUGGACUCACUGCAGGUCCUCACACAGUGAGAGAUGCUCUAUAACAUCAACUUAAAUCCAGGCUUGUAGUCUCUCAUAAUUCAUUUUCUGUUAAUCUUUUUCCUAUUUUGCAAUUUUAAUUCCAGUUUAUUGUUCUUUUAGACUUUUUUAGCUACCCUAGUUUUUUUUAAUGACUCUGGCAAAUGAAUAGUUUUCGUCGUUCAAUAUCUCAACAAAAGUGAUUGUACUUUCUACAUGCAAGACACACUUAUUUGCCCUCUUUUAGUUUGUGCUUUUCCCUAAGCAGUGUUGUCGUUUUGCACUGUGACCGCACGUGUUAACAAAGCAGGUAACAUUCGGCAACCAAAAUUCCUGUUCCGUUUGUCAUCGUGAUCGAUCGUGAUCACACCAGUGAAGGUCUGCAGCUUCGGUGAGCUUGCUUCUCUCCUACCUGACCUACUGCUCUCCACCGGUCAGUGCCGGUUCCCAUACGAAGCCAGUGAAAGGGAUGAUAUGCGGGUGGGAGGACGCUGUUAAUCCUAGUAAGCAUGCUGCUUGUCAAACGGCCCUGCUGAGAGAUAUACAGGCCAGCGUUGGGGUCACUCCUCUGUCUCCUCCAGGCGGUUCAGGGCUUGACUCCUUCGCUCUGCCCGGCCUGGUUAACCGUCUGCGGGGGAGGUGGAGGUCCCCGAGCCCCUUAAAUCUAACUGCUGUCCAAUAUUAACUGCAGCACAAACAGAACAGUGGUAAACAAAAGGCAGAGUAAACACACUCCCAAGGUUUGGAGGACAAACACGCACAUGCACAUGAACACACGCACGCACACGCACACGCACACACACACACACACACACACACACACACACACACACACACACACACACACACACACACACACACACAUUAAGUAUAGUAAAUAAUUCAUUAAAAGUAAUAGAGUUUGUUUUCAAAUACUUCAGAAACACCACUUAGUCCAUGAAACAAUAAUGGAAAAACAUGAUUUAUUAGGAAUUCAUUUAUUUGAAUCAUCAUAUUCUGAGAAUGUCUCACUGCCGCGACCAGCUGUUGCACUCUGGGAUUCAUCCAUCCAGCCCAAACCUCAACACGUACACAUCUAUAAACACACACACAAUAAGUGUUGAGUCUCCCUCGCUCUGCCCGUGAGGGACAAGGUCUCCAUCUUUCCCUCCGUCCCCACCAUCCUCUGAUCUGUGAUGUCCCAGCCAGGUCCAGCUGUUUGGACCCAAGUCCCGUCCCUGCCCUUCCUGGGUGUCCCCGCUCUCCCUUUCGUCUAUUCCCCCCCCCAGGGACAGAUAAGACCUCCUCCAUCACAUCAUCCACCACAGACCAAGAGCCUCAGCUGCACUCUUCCUCUCUGCUUUAAAAAUAUCAGCCUGGACAGCUAAGAGACCUGGACGCAUCCUGGGGAUUGAGGAAUGUCUCCCAACUUCCCAGAUCCUUCAUAUCUGUGUGAAUCCUCUGAGUAAUUAUCUGCGUGUAUGUGUGUUUAUGUCGUUGCGUGUGUGUGUGAAGAUAGAUCCUGUAUUACUAGCUGGAGAGAGGAUCUUCUGUCCAGAUGAGAGAGUGGAUGGAGUUGGAGAUGAGCUUUUCAGCAGGGGGGUUUCUCUCCGCCGCGGAUGGUUACUGCUCCACAGAGCAGCUCCAGUACUACGACAUGCUGGCUGACCCUCUGGGCUACCCCCUACAGGACCCUGACCUCCAGCUGCUCCCUUACAACCAGCAACAGUACAGCCCUUCCAACCUGCCCUUCUCCCUCUACGGCUCACCGUCCUCCUCCACCCCUUCCCCCUCCUCCUCCUCUUCCUCUUCGCAGCCCUGCCAUCCUUCGUACCACUACAGCCCUCACUGCCUGGAGGCGCCCUGCGAACCCGGCCCCGACCCGCACUGCGGAGCCCUCGCCCAGGGGCUCGGAGUGGCGGGGAUUCCUGUGGGGCGGAGGUCGCGAGUGGGUCCGGGAGGGAAGAGCAGAGGUCAGGAUGAGCUGUGUGUGGUGUGUGGAGAUAAAGCAUCAGGGUAUCACUACAAUGCUCUGACCUGCGAGGGAUGCAAAGGUUUCUUCAGGCGUAGCGUGACAAAAAAAGCUGUGUAUCACUGUAAGACCGGCGGAGGCUGUGAGAUGGACAUGUACAUGAGGAGGAAGUGCCAAGACUGCCGGCUGAGGAAGUGCCGCGCCGUGGGAAUGCUGGCCGAGUGCCUUCUGACGGAGGUGCAGUGCCAGUCCAAACGACUGAGGAAAGGAGGUAAAGGCAGAGGACCGGAGGAAGAGGACAGCACAGACAGCAGGAGGGUCAGCUCUACCAGCAGGCUACCUGGACAGGCUUCAUCUGUCAGUUUAACCCGAGAGCAGAAGUACAUCAUAGACAGGAUGGUGGAGGCCCAUCGACUGUACAGAGCGCAGGAGAGCAGCCACUGCAGGUUGUUUGAGUGGCCGUGUGCAGACGAAGGGGAGGGCCUGUCUAAUGUCGUCUCACCUCAUCUGCAAAGACUGCUGCAGUUUGCCAGGACAGUGCCAGGUUUUGAUCUCCUGGACUUUCCAGACCAGAGCUCUCUGUUGUCUGUCUCUUCAUUGGAAGUCAUGUUCUUGCUCUCAGCUCAGCAGUUCUCCAACAACCCAACAAGCCCCAGUCCAGUCUUGCAGCUUUUCAGUAUGUCAACACACAACUGGCUGAGAAAUGUUGAGUCAAAGGAAAACCUCCACAGCAGGACGUUGGUCAAUUCAGGAAGCAGUGAGGAUCUCCUCACACCGGUGCUCAACUUCUUCCAGAGCACAGCAGCGCUGCAGGUGACGGAGGCUGAAUACACCCUGCUCACCGCCACAGCUCUGCUCUGCUCAGACCGGGCGUCCUUGCUGGCGGCCAGUUGUGUCGAGAAAAUGCAGGAACUGAUCCUAGACCUGCUGUCUAGGAUGUGUGGGUCCCAGGCCGGAGCUGCACGAGGGGGGCCACAGCGGUUUGGCCGUCUGUUGGGCAGACUGACGGAGCUACGGACCCUUCGUCACAACUACCUCCUUUUGACAAGACAGCAGUCUGGACACUGAUGGAGAUGUAAAGCAUUGUUGUCAUCUCUGGAGAGCUCCAUGUUUUAACUUCAGUUUCAGGACUACGUGGCCCUGCAUGAUUGUACAAACACUGUGUUGAAGAAUGUAACAUUUGGAAAUGCAGUUUUCUUUUUUUACCUGAUAAUUAUCAGACUGUUGAAUUAACAGUCAUGUUGUUGCAAAGCUGACACACAAAUCUUCUAUUUUCUCAGCUGAGUUCAGUUCUGCAGUCAUUGCUGCAUUUUAGCUUCUUUAUGGGACUGAAAUGUGUUGACUGCUGCAGUUUGAGCAAAGAAAAAUGCAUACAUCUUUUUAUACCUGUUGUAUACAGCUAACAUUUACACUUCCAGUGCUUUUCACUACGCCGAGAAUUUUUAAAGUAAAAUGAAAAUGAAUCCUUUACUUAACUGGAGUUCAUCAGUGGAAAAGAAUGUUCUUACUGUAAUCCAUACAGACACAUGGCCAUUCCUUGCUCUUAAGCAUCUCAUAUUUUUCAAGUGAUAAUUAUUAAAAUGAUGAGAACUAAACUCACCUUUCAUUGAAAAAACAAACAAACGCAAAACUACAGUGAAGUAUUCCAAAAGACUUUUAAUAGAGCAUUUAUUUCCCAAAAUGAGGAAAUACUGGUUGAGACAAAGUAUUUGGUGAGUAGGUAAAAUAUUCAGGUAGUACAAGCUUAUAAAGGUGUAUUUUUCCAUCUGAUAAAAUGGGGCUCUGCAGCACUCUCAACAAUAAAUAAAAUCUUCUGGGGUGGUCAGCGGUGAAUGAUGGGGGUUGGUCUUGAGUAAAAUCAUCGAAUAUUAACCGAAAUGUGAAUUCAUCUGUUAAAAUGUUGGCUGCAUGUUUUUAAAACCUCACUCUGUUUGUUUUAAAUAAGAUUUCAUUCUCGCCUUUAACCAAUAUAGCUUUAUUUCUAUAGUUCUGUCUUCCAUAAAUAAAUUAUUUCUCUCUGUAUCAAAAAGAGAAUUCAAUAUAAAGAAC